CCCCAAAGCCCCUGAAAAAAUUCUCUCUCUUUACGUGAGAGAGAAUGAUCUUUGCAACGCUUUUAUUCCUCUGAAUUUAGUGAAAAUUAUACUAAAAUGGAGGCUGUUUAUAGGGGUCGUGGAUAUGGCUUGUUGGGUAUUUGCAGGAGGGAGAUGGGUUUAUCUCAGCCUCGAACCUUCGCUCGCCAAAUUUCUGCUUCAGAGGGCAUUGUGAAACAAAUUGAUCUAUAUGGGAAAUUAAAUGGUCAUGAGGGUUUUGUAAACACAGUGGAAUUCAAUUCCACAGGCGACCUUCUUGUGUCAGGUUCUGAUGACAGACAAGUUAUGAUUUGGAAUUGGGCAAUGAAAGGAUUAAAGUUGUCAUAUCAUUCUGGCCACUUAGAGGAGAUAUUGCAUACAAGAAUCAUGCCAUUCACUGAUGAUCGGAAAAUAGUAACUUGUUCUGCUGAUGGCCAGGUUAGGCUUGGCCUGGUUAUGGAGCAUGGCAAAGUUGAAACAAAAACGAUUGGGAGGCACCAAGGUAGUGUACAUAAUCUUGCUGUGGAGCCAGGAAGUCCCGACAUAUUGUUUAGCUGUGGCGAGGAUGGUUUUGUUCAACGCUAUGAUCUGCGAAGCAACUCAGCUACAAAGCUUUUCUGUUGCUCCUCUUUCACAGAAAAUGAGCAGAAGUGUUUGAGCCCGAUCAAAUUGUAUUCUAUUGUCAUUGACCCAAGAAAUCCUAAUUAUUUUGCUGUGGGAGGUACUGAUAAGUAUGCUCGUGUCUAUGACAUCAGAAAAUACCAAUGGGGUGUGUCAACUAAUUUAGGCAGACCUGUAAACACAUUUUACCCUCGUCCGGGGAUUCCAGAUCCUGAUGUUCAAAUCACGGGAUUGGCAUACUCUAACACGAGUGAGCUUCUCGUCUCUUACAAUGACGAUCUCAUUUACUUGUUCCAGAAGAACAUGGGGAUGGGUCCUGAUCCGUCGUCUGCCUCAAGUGAAGAUUUACAGGAAGAUCCACAAGUUUACUUGGGCCAUAGGAAUGCAAAAAUGGUUAAACGAGUGAGUUUCUUUGGUCCUAAUGAUGAAUUCGUUAUGAGUGGAUCCGAUUGUUGGCAUAUAUUUAUUUGGAAGAAGAAGGGAGGUGAACUUGUGCGUUUAAUGGUGGAUGAUGAGGACAUUGCAAGUACUCUCGAGCCUCAUCCACAUAUGCCAGUUCUUGCUACCUGUGGAUUAGAAAAUAAUGUAAAACUCUGGGCUCCUAUGUCAAAUGAUGUUCUUCCCCUGCCUCAAGACGUAGACGAGAUUAUGGAGUCUAAUAGGCAGGAUAGGGAGCACCAUUUAAGUACGAGGCAAGCACUGACUGAUAGUGAGGAAGAUGAUGUUGAGAGUGAGGAAGAACUUGAUGAAGAUGAAGCGGCUUAUAUUAUAGGACUUUCAUAUUAUUACCACUUUGGGGAGGGUUCUACAGGAAAUUCCGCAGACUGCAACAUUAACUAGAGUUUUGUGUACCUUUUCAGUCAGCAAAAAUUGUUUCUUUUUUUUUUUUUUUUUUGCCUCUUAUAUGCAGUUUCUAACGAAUCGGUGUCUUGGAAUUGGAACUAGAAUUGGACUGCGACUACUUUAAGCUGCA